UCUCUUUUGUUGUCUUUCUUGUUCAACAUCACCAAACCUUCAUUCGUUGCUGGCCAGCCAUUCGUUUGACACGAAACAAGUUUACCAACCCACCCACUCGACCACCUUGCAGCCUCCAAGGCGGCCCAACCUGACCUGGCCUGACCCGGUCGACUACUAAUCGUUAAUCGCCUUGUAAUACGCCCGGUCUCGACACUGCCGAGCCCGAGUCCGCCCUUCGUUUUCUCUUAUCAGUUAUACACACCGGCAUCCCGAAGCUGAAGCCAUUCUUGUAACAUGCCCAAGUUCACUCGUGCACCAAACCACCACCGAUACAGCAACCCCAUCGAGGUUCCGGUCACUCUCCCCCCAGCCUCCGGCAUGACUUACUACAACUCCCGGCCCCCAAUGGCCGCCUACUAUGAGGUUCCUACCUCAGCCCCGCAAGCGACGAUGCCUGUCUCCUCGUAUGACCAGUUCGUCGUGACGCCACUCACCAUCCCUCCCACUGCGACUGGGGCGACUGCCGGAGGGCCUGUAGGUGGUGCUGCUGUCCAAACGCAGCACAGGGCCUCGUCCGGUGCUUGGACGAUGCAGGACGACCACACUCUUCUGGCUGCCCGCGCAGCCGGACAGAACUGGGGCCAGAUCCAGUCCAACUACUUCCAGACGAAGACGGGCAACGCGUGCCGGAAACGGCAUGAACGCCUGAUAGAGCGCAAGGGUGCCGACGACUGGGACACCCGCAAGCUCGAGCGCCUGAGCAGGGAGUACAUGAACAUGCGCAAGGAGAUUUGGCAGCCGCUGGCCCAGCGCUGUGGUGAGAGGUGGAACGUCGUCGAGCAGAAGUGCAUGUCGAACGGACUGAAGAACAUCCAGUCCCAUGCCCGUUCCCACGCCCGCCGCGAGCGCCUCGACGCCGGCCAGGCCAUCGCCGGGUACGACGACGACGGCGCCGACAGCGGCGUCAGCGGGAUCGGCGGUCUGACACCCGUCGACGACAUUGAACACCAAUACAGCAGCCCCGAGACCGCCUCAUCCGGCAGCGGCCAUCGCUCAGUCGGCGGCGGCGGCGGCAGCAGCAGCAGCAACGUCUCCCACCAGGCGUACGCCGCCGCCAUGCACAACCAGGGCAGCUACCAGGGCUACCACUACGCCCACCCUUCGGCGCCGCACCACGGCUACACCAGCUCGGUCUCGAGCACGGGAACCGCCCCCUACGGCACCGGGCCCCAGGGACACCCGAGCCAGGGCGAGAGCCCGUACUUGGGCCACGGCAAUCGCCUGCCCAGUGUUGACAUGGGCAUCGAGGCUAUCAUCAAUCGCGGCCCUGGCGGUGGUUCGCAGGGCGUGUAAACUCGUCCCGCGACCACACACUUUCGCUUUCUUUUCUAUUCACUGUCUUUUUUGUUCCGUUCUCUUUUUGUUUCUACUCUCUUUCCUUCUUAGCUGUCAUUUC